AGUAGUAACGGCUGUAUUUUGCAUUGGAUUCCCAAGUAGCUGAGAUGACAACAGCUGCCAGGCCAACGUUUGAACCUGCGAGGGGCGGGCGAGGAAAAGGCGAAGGAGACUUAAGCCAGCUCUCCAAGCAGUACUCCAGCAGAGAUCUUCCUUCUCACACUAAAAUCAAAUACAGACAGACCACUCAGGAUGCUCCUGAGGAAGUGCGUAACCGCGACUUCAGAAGGGAACUGGAGGAGAGAGAACGUGUUGCUGCAAGAGAAAAGAACAGAGACAGACCAACAAGAGAUCAUACAACAUCAUCUUCAGUGUCUAAGAAGCCCCGAUUAGAUCAAAUUCCUGCAGCAAAUCUGGAUGCAGAUGAUCCACUUACAGACGAAGAUGAUGAAGAUGAGGAUUUGGAUGAGAGUGAUGAUGAUGACACUGCAGCUCUUCUGGCUGAACUAGAAAAAAUAAAAAAAGAGCGAGCUGAGGAGCAGGCCCGAAAGGAACAAGAGCAAAAAGCUGAAGAGGAAAGGAUUAGAAUGGAAAACAUUCUCAGUGGUAACCCUUUACUGAAUCUUACCGGCCCAGCACAGCCCCUGGCAAACUUCAAAGUGAAGAGGAGGUGGGAUGAUGAUGUUGUCUUCAAGAAUUGCGCCAAGGGGAUAGAUGAAACAAAAAAGGACAAAAGAUUUGUAAAUGAUACCCUGCGAUCGGAAUUUCACAAAAAGUUCAUGGAAAAAUACAUCAAGUAGUACAGUUUUAUGUGCUUUAUUGCUCAAAGACUCAAAGGGUCACCAUGGUUGGGUUUUUUUUGUUUUUUUUCCUCCCCCUUUCCCUCCAACUUCAUGGCUGAAAACUGUCUCCUGUCAGAAUGCUUUUUCCAGGGUCACUGACAGGUUUUUAAUUGGCUCUCACCCUGUGACUGGAAUGUUAUCCCUUUCAAUAUUCUUUUUACUUUUAACUAAACCAUACUGUGGUUCAUGAUUUCCCCCCACCCUGCAAUUGAUAUGUGUUUUAAUGGCCUUCAUACAAAUGUUAGAAGAGGGAUUCUGGUUUGCAAUAAAUAUUUUAAUUGUCUAAA